ACCGCAUCCCACUUUGUGUUGUCUCAGAGACUCUUAAUUUCACAUCACAAAGCAGAACUUCGGUCACUGAUCGGCAGGACUUCACAGUAACAGAAUGGCGCCAAUUACAAUCAAUUCGACGGUUCGCAUGAACUCAGGAUUUGAAAUACCACUACUUGGCUAUGGUGUUUACCAGACUCCUGCAGAUGUUUGUGAAGAUGUGACGAAGCUGUCGUUCCAGGCUGGCUAUCGUCAUGUGGACUCUGCGGCUGCAUAUCGCAAUGAAGCUCCUUGCGGCAAGGCGAUCCGAGAGUCUGGCAUUCCACGGGAGAAGAUCUUCUUCACAAGCAAGAUCCCAGCUCGAAGUCUCAGUUACGAGAACACAAAGGCCCAGGUGGAGAAGACUUUAAAGGAGACAGGUCUCGAUUACAUCGACUUGAUGCUCAUUCACGCUCCUUAUGGAGGCCGUAAUGCUCGUAAGGGUGCGUGGAAAGGUUUAGUUGAGGCUGUCGAGGAAGGAAAGAUUCGCAGCAUCGGCAUUAGCAACUACGGUGUUCAGCAUCUAGAUGAGAUGGAGGAAUACAUUCAAGAGCUUGAAAAGGAGAGAGGAGGAAAGGGAAAGGGUGGUGUGAUAAGCGUGGGACAAUACGAGCUUCAUCCAUGGCUCCCGCGUCCUGAUAUCGUCCAGUGGUUGCAGAAGCGCGAAGUUGUUGUUGAGGCAUAUUCCCCCCUCGUUCGAGGAGAGAGGAUGGAAGAAAAGGUCUUUGAACCUCUGACGAAGAAGCAUGGGAAGACUGCAGCUCAAAUUCUGAUGCGAUGGAGCUUACAAAAGGGGUUCGUUCCUCUCCCGAAGAGCGUCACUCCAAGUCGAAUCGUGGAAAAUGCGGAUGUCUAUGACUUCGAGCUUACCCCAGAGGAGAUGAAGACACUGGAGACUACAGAGUAUGCGCCUGUGUGCUGGGAUCCAACAGUGGCCCCUCUCGAGCAAUAGAGAGAACGAGAAUGGUAGACGUAGAUAGUGCUGUACGUAGCUUUUACAUUGCAAUUUGAUCACGGGUUCGUAGACAUUGACGCUGUCUCGGUACCUUCCAUUCUCGAGUCCCAUAGCAACC